CAAAUAAGUUGCAGUGAAAACGGAAUAUUUGCCGUGGCCACAGAUGGGACAAUUUUCCAACGAACUGGAGUGAGUAGUUCGAAUCCCCAAGGGACGAAAUGGGUUGGAUAUUCAAAUGGACUUUUAACACAAAUCUCGUCUGGGAAUUUUGGGGUGCUUUGGGGAGUUAGCUUAAAAAAUACGUCAGUCUAUCACCAUCGAGACACAUGGAUUGAUUUGGGUGAAACGUGUUCGUGGGUGUCCUGUGGUGGUUUAGGCUGUUGGAUUGUGAAUGUCAAUGGCUCGGCUAGUUUUAGGUAAGAAACAUUCGGGGGCGACGGUAGGGGGGGGGGGGGGGGGUGUCGUCAGGUAGUCGGCAAAGUAUUUAAUCCAGGUUGGCAAAUUGCUUUCGUAGUCGGAAAAACAUGAACUAAAAGAAAAUUAAUUCGAAAAAUAAAAUGUGCGGAAAAAGUGAUUUUGUGAAUCCACCAACCCCCCCCCCCCCCCCCCCCCCAUUCAAAUAGGUCUAGCGCCGCCCUUGUAAAUAUUGAAUAUUUUUGCAAUAGUACAAUGGACUCGGACACUGCUUGUAACGUACAUAGCCGUCGUUAAGACGGCAACGUCAGGAUGACGGCUAUCAAUACAAUGACAUUAAUCCUAUAGCACAAAAGAAAUGAAUAAUAAAAAGUCUAGCAGAGAUUUUACACGUCAUCCAAGCUCUGUUGACAACGGCAAGACGCAUAUUUUCACGUCUUGUAAAGUACGCUAGCAUUUCAAGCCAUAGCAGAUAGUUUUUUCAGCAGAGUUGAUCAAAAUUGCUCUGAAGGUUAAAGCUCUGUUUUACUUGUUCAUUUAUUCGAAAUUUUUACUUAAAUUCAUACGAAAGUGAAUUGAAGACAAUUAUUUCCAUACAAUCAUUUAUUUCAAACAGUUUGUUCAGUUAGCCGUCGUUCUGGCGUCAUCCUCUCGUAUGCCCUGUGAAAAUAUACUAGUAUUUAUCAACCAUUAUAAUAUUAUUGUUAAUAUUUGAAUUUAAAAAUUUAUAUAGGACUGGUGUGAACUCAAGUGAUCCUGGAGGUCUGACGUGGGUCAACACUGGAGGGUCAUUUAAGCAGUUGGAUACAGGGGUUCACGGGCAGGUCUAUGCUGUGGAUAACGAGGGGCAAAUGUAUACACGUGAGGGUAUUAGUGCAGGGGACCCGGUGGGAUAUAAAUGGUCGAAAGUUGGAGAUGAGAGAUUUCUUCAUGUCAGUGUUGGCGAUAAAUUUGUGCUUGGCAUUCAUGAAACAAGCGCUAUCUAUGCAUUGCCUUGA